UGACAUGAAAGGGAGUUGGAGCUCCAAGUAUAAAACUCCAAGCAGGCGCACAAACCCACGCAGCGCGCGGACUGAAGGACUGCAUCACUGCUGCUCUUCUGCCGAAUCCACCCUUCAUCAUCAUACUCAUUAUCCAGCAUGAGUGAGAGACAAGAAUCCGGAUCAGCUGGAAACCUCAAACCCUCAGGUGGACAAGACCCCUCCAAGAAGGACGUCCCAGCUGAGGACAUUGACAUCGACAUGGGUGCCCCUGAGACGGAGAAGGCAGCCGUCGCCAUCCAAUCACAGUUCAGAAAGUUCCAGAAGAAGAAGCAAGCGGUGAAAUCAUAGUUGUGCCCAUGCAGGGCAUCCCUGGCCCGGCGCGGGUCCAAUGGUUCCAUUAGGGCAGGGAGUUGCAUGUCAGAUAAACUGCACUGUUCUCGGGUGGGGGGGUCAUGGGUUGACUGGGGAUGUGGGUGGGGCCAGAUGAGAGGUGAAGAGGCAAUUUGCCUUUUGCUAUCAUAUGUGAGGAUUAAAAUGUGAUAUUCUGGUUGCCACUAGUACAUAGAUUUUUUCAGAACAAUACUUUCCUUUGAUAAUAGUUUUGUUAUUUUUUUUGAUAAAUACGAACAGAUCCAUCAUUAAUGUCAAAGUGUUUGAAAAUAUCCACCUUAAAGUGUUAACCAAUUGUGUGACAGUAUUUCCUCUGUUUAAGACCAGAAACCAGGGGUAUUUAUGGUCAAAUGAUCAAGAAUGUUGCUCAAGGAAAUAUCCUGAAUGGCAUCUUAUUAAGAUUCACUCAGACUUAUUUAAUCUUUCACCUAUGUUGUGUUUUUUGUCUGUUUAGAUGAACUGAUAUUGUGUUUGUGGUUUAUCAUUGUUUAUCAUUAACCAAGUCAGUGUUUUUGUCAGAAAGCAGUAUAUUGUACUAUUCCUGAAACAAACAGUUGGAAGUAAUCGUAUGUGAACUCAAUAAAUAUUGGGAUGACCUCAA